AUGGAAAGCUUGGGAGACUGCAAGCCCCAGAAUGCAGCGCCGCCACCCGCACCUGUCACCUCGCUAUUGGGAGGCGCAGUGCAGGCUGGGCCUUGUAGUUCGGACACGCUCUCCGCGGAUAGGUUGCUCCGCGGAGGGCUGGCUCUAUCACGUGGGCACCCCCGCUCCUGCUGCCGCUGCCGCCGCCGCCGCCGCCGCCGCCGCUGCCGCCUCCGUCGUCUUUCUCUGUCUGGGCUCAGGCAGCCAUCUUGCUCUUGCCGCGUGCUGGUGGUGGAGGACUCUCCCUGCUUCAGAUUUACCAACAGCAUGAAUCAAGAAAAGUUAGCCAAACUUCAGGCUCAGGUCCGGAUAGGGGGCAAGGGUACAGCUCGCAGAAAGAAGAAGGUGGUACAUCGAACAGCUACAGCUGAUGACAAAAAACUUCAGAGUUCUCUAAAAAAACUGGCUGUCAAUAAUAUAGCUGGUAUUGAAGAGGUAAAUAUGAUUAAAGAUGAUGGAACAGUUAUUCAUUUCAACAACCCCAAAGUCCAAGCUUCCCUUUCUGCUAACACCUUUGCAAUUACCGGGCAUGCAGAAGCCAAACCAAUCACAGAAAUGCUUCCUGGGAUUUUAAGUCAGCUUGGUGCUGACAGCUUAACAAGCCUUAGGAAGUUAGCUGAACAGUUCCCUCGGCAAGUGUUGGAUAGCAAAGCACCAAAACCAGAAGACAUUGAUGAGGAAGAUGAUGAUGUUCCAGAUCUUGUAGAAAAUUUUGAUGAGGCAUCAAAGAAUGAAGCUAACUAA